AUGGCGCCCAUGCUCGACAGGAACGCGGAGGCGGCGGCGCCGGUGGCCGGCAAGAGGCGAGGUCGCGGCCCCGGAGCGGCGAUGAGCAUCGGCGGGAAGAGUGUGUCCGGUAAUGGAAGCAGCGGCCGGGGCUGCUGGGAAGAUGGAAGUUCUGGCUCCAGUAGUGACGAGGAGCACGGUGGAGGGGGGAUGCGGGUCGGAUCACAGUAUCAAGCCGUGGUUCCGGACUUUGACCCGGAGGUGGCGAAGGCAUGUCAGCUGUCCCACAGUGUGGGCAUGUUGGUGUGGAGUCCCAGCAACACUGUUCAGCAGAGUCAAUUGGAUGAAUACAUCACCAUCGCAAAAGACAAACACGGAUACAACAUGGAACAGGCCCUGGGGAUGCUGUUCUGGCACCAGCACGACGUGGAGAAGUCGCUGGCCGACCUCCCCAACUUCACGCCGUUUCCCGACGAGUGGACGGUGGAGGACCGCGUCCUGUUCGAGCAGGCCUUCAGCUUUCACGGGAAGAGCUUCCACCGCAUCCAGCAGAUGCUACCCGACAAGUCCAUGGCCAGCCUGGUCCGCUUUUACUACUCGUGGAAGAAAAGCCGGAACAGGAGCAGCCUGAUGGAGAGGCAGAGCCGGAAAGUCAAGAGGGAGAGAGACGACAGUGACGACGAAAGUCAAGAAAAUCCCCCCAGUGAUUACGAGUCCAAUCACGUUAAAGAAGACAGCAAGGAGCCGAGUUCUGGAAUUGAGCGGCCGGAGGUGAAAGCUGCUGCUGGACUCAAAGCGUCAGGCGUCAAAGGCGCCCACCGGGCCAAGACCCGCCCCCCCAGAGGAAUGUUCCUGAAGCAGGAGGAUGUGGUCUCGCUGUCCACCUCAUGCGCUCACGGCGUCCUGCGGCAGCUGGACACUCAACUGACCGCCGCCAAGCGACAGGUCCAGAGCAUCAAGCAGUCCAACAGUGCUCUGAAGGAGAAACUGGACUCUGGAGUGGACCAGUUCAGACAACCUGAGGUGAGCUGUAAAGUGAACGGGCGUUGGAGUUCAGACGAGCAGCUUCUGGCCGUUCAAGCCAUUAGGAAAUACGGGCGGGACUUCCAGGCCAUCUCGGACGUGAUUGGCAACAAGUCGGUGGUGCAGGUGAAGAACUUCCUGGUCAACUACCGGCGCCGCUUCAACCUGGACCAGGUGCUGCAGGAGUGGGAGGCGGAGAACGGCGUGGAGGGCGGAGCCGUGCCCGACGACGACAAGAUGGAGGCGGCGGGGCCGCCCGAGGACGACGCAGCGGACGACCACCUGACUCUGCCCCCUGGGGACCUCUGACCCCAGUGAACCCCGGUCCUCUUGAGUGUGUGCGGAUGUCUGACUCCGCCCCCUUACGUUUUCUUUUUUCUUUUCUUUUUUCAUGUGAAGAGCCGCUGAUGUCAUCUGUUGCCAUGGAAAAAUACAUUUUUAUAAAGUAAAAGGACCUGCCAUAGUUUUAUUAAAUCAAUCUGAAAGCA